AUGCUGCGGCUUUUUGUGGGGUCAGCCAAGAUCGAACCACCCCUUGUCCCCCCACCCAGACCCUGCCUGACUGCCUACUUCAGAGAUAUGAAGAAGAGAACUCAUGUGGCAGAAGGGAAUGACCCCAUAUGGAAUGAGACCCUAAUAUGGUACCUCUGGAACCGUCCCCUGGAAAAAGACUCCUUCCUGCAAAUCAUCCUUCGGGACAUGAGCUCUUCAAAGAAAGAAAGGUUCAUUGGCGUGGCCACAAUACUGCUCAAGUCAUUGGAGAAAAAAUCACGUGAGAUCCUUUUCUUGAAGGACCUGAUGCUGCUCAACCAUUCCAUGGAGCCCACAGAUUGUACUGUCAAUCUACAGGUGUUCCAUAUGACCCAAGAGGACUUCGAGAGAACAGACAAGGAAGACCUGCUGGGCAUAACUGUGAAAGAGGCUGUCCGUCAGAAACUGAUGGUCCCCGGCACCACCGUGCCGGGGCCCCUGUCUUCGAAGCCCCAGCACUUUCAGGUUCGGGUGAAGGUGUUUGAAGGGCGACAGCUCAUGAGCAACAACAUCAAGGCCGUCGCGAAGGUGACUAUUGCAGGCCACCAGUAUAACACGCGGAUGAAGAUGGGGAGCAACCCCUUCUUCAACGAGAUCUUCUUCCAGAAUUUCCAUGAGAUUCCUGCAAAGUUCUUUGAUGAGGUCAUCUUAAUCCAGGUGGUGAACUCAUCAUUGGCAAGAUCCAAAGCAGAGAUCGGGAGAUUCCAAACAGACAUUGGGUUUAUCUACCAUUGUCCAGGUCACGCACUCAUAAGGAAAUGGCUGGGCCUGUGCCACCCAGAUAAGUCCAGCAGUGGUGUGAGAGGCUACCUGAAAGUCACCAUCUGUGCCAUCGGUGCAGGCGACCAGGCUCCGGUGGAUCAGAAGCUGCCCUAUGAUACCGAAGUCCAGGUCUUCAAGUCGAUGACAGUCCCCAUCAACAUGGCUUACCUACAGUUCUUCAUCUACUGCGCGGAGGAUCUUCAUUCCGAGAAACGCCCAACAGUGAAUCCUACUCUGGAGGUGGAACUCAUUGGGGAGAAGCUCAAGACGAUUGUGCAGACUGAAUCCGAUAACCCAAUCUGGAACCAGAUCCUGACCUUCCAGAUUCAGCUGCCCUGCCUCUCCAGCUACAUCAAGUUCAGAGUCAUGAACUGCCCCAAGCAGAACUGCUGGGAUGAGAUCGGGACUGUCAGCUUGUGCCUCAACCAGAUCUCGUCCUCGGGAGAAGAGAUCGAAGGGAUGUACUCUGGCUUCCUGCCUUGCUUUGGCCCCAGCUUCCUGACUCUGCGUGGGGGUAAAAAGGCGCCUUUCAGGAUCUACGGAGACACUUGUGUUCACAGCUCUAUUAAGGAUGGGUUAGCUUACCGAGGCCGAAUCUACAUGGAGUUAGUCACCCAAGUCAAGUCCCAGCAAGAAACUUGGAUAAAGGAUCUCUCCCGUGACGUGAUCCGGGUGGAGAAACAGCAGAACCGCCAAAAGUAUGGCCUGUGCGUCGUCUUCCUCUCCUGUACCAUGAUGCCCAACUUUAAGAACCUGAUCCAAUUCGAGGUCAGCAUCGGCCCCUAUGGAAACAAGAUGGACCUGAAUUACAAGCCUCUAGUGUCAACCACACAGUACAGCCCAGUGAUAUAUGAUGGGAGCACCUACCAUUACGUGCCCUGGUACGACACCAAGCCCAUGGUGGCGGUGACCUCCAACUGGGAGGACGUGGGCUUCCGCCUGAGCUGCCUCAACGCCCUCCAGGUCGUCCGGGACCGCCUGAAAGCCAACCUGGACGCCCUGAAGUCCAUCCGGAACCCGAGGGACCCAGAUUUGCUGUUCCAGUGGCAGAAGCUGCUGAGGGAGCUGGCAGAGGACUGCAAGAACCCUCUGCCCUGCGUGAAGGAUCAUCCCAAAGCCACCAACCUGGACAGGCAGAAAUGGCAGGUCCGCAACCUGCUCCUCCAAGAACUGGCCCAAAAGGCUGAGAAAGCCGAGCCCAGGGACAUGGUGGCCACAGUGGAGGACUGGCUUCGCCGCCUGGACGUGGUGCUCCCGGAGCCCCAGGUGAGCCUCCCGGACGUGAUGAUCUGGCUGAUGGCCAAGGAGCAGCGCGUGGCCUUCGCCCGGGUGCCCGCCCACACCGUUCUGUUCUCCCAGGCAGGGGCCCUGCACUCAGGCCAGUUCUGCGGGAAGAUCCAGAACCUCCUCCUGGAGUACCCAGAGGGUGAAGGACCCAAGAACACAGUCCCGGGCUACCUCCGGGUGUGCAUGUGGCUCGGCAAUGUCACCGACAGCAAGGAUCUGCAGCUGCUGCAUCAGGGGGACAUCGUGGUGUACGCAGAGACGUAUGAGAAUGAGGCCAAGUACAAAGACCAGUGGGGACUACAGGGGCUGAACCGCUGUCCCAACUUCUCUGAUGUCACGGGACGCAAGGCCCUGCCCAAGACGGAUUUCAGGGAACCCCCGGGGUGGCAUUGGCAGGACAACUGGAUAGUGGAACCACAGAAGAGGCUGCUCCUGGACGUAGACAUCAACAAGAGCCAGGUGCUGGAGGAGGUGUACGAGAACCAGGAGCGCGAUGCCACCGGCGCCUGGGUGCCCGCCGCCGUCCCCAACACCGACGUGAAUGGACACCCUGUGGAGGCCCCCGAGAAUGUGAGGUGCCCCAAAGGUUGGCACUUUAGAAAGGACUGGAUCGUGGAGCUCAACCGCGCGGUGGACAGCGAGGGCUGGGAGUACGGAGUGGGGAUCCCGCCCUCGGGCCUGCCCCAGGUCUGGAGCUCCGUGGAGAAGACCUACCACUCGCGCCGGCGGCGACACUGGGUGCGCGUGCGCUUCCGGGACCACGGGGAGCUGGGCCUUGAGGAAGAGACCCUCUCCUUCCUGCAGCUGGUGAGAGGCCACGGGGAGAGAGAGGGCUGGGAGUACGGCACCUUCGGCUCCAAGUUCCACCUGAACCCGCACCCCCAGAGCCGCUUCCGCCGCCGCUGCUGGCACCGCAGGCUGGCCCCCAACAAGGACAGGGGCAUCGCGCCCAUAUUCCUCCUGGAGGGAUCCCUGAUCCUGGACCUGCAAGCACACCCCAAGAAAGAAGAGGAUCCCAAGGCGUGGACGUGGCGUACUCUGAAGGACACCUGGAGGCCCCAGCCUGAGGACACCCGGCAGCCCAACAUGCCCUUCAUCUACUGCAUCCUCAACAAGCCCCACUACUACCAGCUUUUCUGCUACAUCUACCAGGCUCGGAAUUCAAUGUCCAACCAGAUCCUGACAUUCCAGGGGCCCUUCAUUCGGGUGGUCUUCCUGAACCACAGCCAGUGCACCCAGGUCCUGGUGAACUCUGCAGCCCCCACCUGGGCCCAGACGCUCAUCUUCCAGCACCUCCUGCUGUACGAGAACCCCCAGGACACCAAAGAGAACCCCCCGCUUGUGGCGUUGGAACUGUGGCAGCGCGACCCCUGGGGAAAGGAGAUCUUAUGGGGACGAAGCAUGUGGCCCCCUGUGGUCUGUCUGGACCUCCAAGACUGGAUCCUGCCGCCCCUGAGGUGGCACCCAUUUGUAAAAGAGUUGGGAGAAGAAGAGGGUGAGAUCUUGGCAUCCUGUGAGCUGAUCCUGGAGACCGAGAAGCUGAAAGAGAAGCAUCUGCCAAUCUUAAGUGUUCCCUGGAAGAACGGGAUCUACAUGCUGCCCAAGAGCAUCCAGCCCACGCUAAAGAAGAUGGCCAUUGAGAUUCUGGCCUGGGGCCUUCGCAACAUGAAGAAGGUGCACUACCCGAAGCUCCUGGUGGAAUUUGGGGAGCAGUCCCUGAGCACAGAGCCCAUCAGUGACUUCCAGAGCAACCCCAACUUCCUGGAGUCGGUCCUCUUCCUCACGGUGUUGAUGCCUACGGAGGCGGUCUACGCGCUGCCCCUCGUGGUGAAGGUGGUGGACUCAAAGGACUUUGGCCAGCAGAAGGUGGUGGGUCAGGCCAACAUCAAUGUCCUCCAGCCCUACUUCUGUGACCCUUGGGUUCAGGGCUACAUACCCCCACAGGUUCCAACGCUGUCUGAGAAGAAGCAACACGAUUUCCUCUGGUUUCUCUGCGAAAAGUUCUGGUUCAAGUCCAGCAAAGCUGAGGAUGAGUAUGAGCACGAGGUGGACUGGUGGAGCAAGUUCUUCUGGGCCACGGGCGACAAUCAAAGGGCCCUGAAGUACAAGUACAAGGAGUACCACACCAUAAAGGUGUACGACUGUGAGCUGGAGGCCGUGCCAGACUUCCAAGGCCUGCAGGACUUCUGCGAGACCUUCAGUCUCUACCAGGAGCAGCCCAAGGCGGACAGCCCUGUGGUGGGCGAGUUCAAGGGCCUUUUCCGCAUCUACCCCUUCCCUGAGAAUCCAGAGGGCCAGGAGCCCCCCCGCCAGUUCUUGAUUUUGCCCGAGAGAGACGACUUCCCUCAGCUGUGCAUGGUGCGGGUGUACGUGGUGCGGGCCCUCAACCUGCAGCCCCAGGACUACAACGGCCUGUGUGACCCUUAUGUGAUCCUGAAACUGGGGAAGACAAAGCUUGGCAGCCGAGACGCCUAUCUCCCCAAAACUCUGGAUCCUGUCUUUGGCUCGGUUUUUGAGCUGACCUGUAACAUCCCUCUGGAGAAGGACCUGGAAAUCCAGCUCUUUGACUUUGACCUAUUUUCACCUGAUGAUGAGAUCGGAAGCACAGUCAUCGACUUGGAAAACCGACUCCUGUCUGGUUUCGGAGCUUGUUGUGGGCUCUCCAAAUCCUACUUUGUGUCAGGGCCCUUUAGAUGGCGCGACCAGGUACGCCCGAGCUACCUCCUGGAGCGCUACACCAAGCGGAAAGGGCAGCCUCCACCUGUGUUCGACCUGGAGGAAGACUCUGUCUUAUACAACGGGGAGGAAAUCAGCCUGCACACCUUUGAGACCGAGCCCCCUAUUGUCCAUGGUUUGGGGCCCAAGAAGGAACGCCUUGCGCUAUACAUCCUGAACACCCUGGGCCUGGUGCCUGAGCACGUGGAGACUCGCACAUUGUACAGUAAAAGCCAGCCAGGCAUUGACCAGGGAAAGCUGCAAAUAUGGGUGGACAUCUUCCCCAAGAAGCUGGGGGCACCCGGGCCACCAGUCGACAUCAACCCCAGGAAGCCUAAACGGUAUGAGCUGCGCUGCAUUAUCUGGAAAACGGCCCAAGUGGACCUGGUGCACGAGACCUUCAGUAGAGAGAGGAUGAGCGACAUCUACGUCAAAGGGUGGCUGUUCGGGCUGGAGAAGGACAUGCAGAAGACAGACAUCCAUUACCACUCCCUGACUGGGGAGGGCAACUUCAACUGGCGCUUCAUCUUUCUGAUGGACUACCUGGCAGCGGAGUGUGUGUGCGUCCAGAGCCAGAAGGAUUACAUAUGGAGCCUGGACCCCACAUCCAUGAAGUUCCCAGCCCGGCUAAUCAUCCAGAUCUGGGACAAUGACAUCUUCUCUAGUGAAGGCUUCCUAGGGGUCCUGGAGCUGGACUUGACCGACAUGCCCUUCCCAGCCCGGCACGCCAAUCAAUGUACCCUCAAGAUGAUGGACACCGAUUCCAAGCAGACCCCCUUCACCCAGUACAAGCGCUUCUCGCUCUUUAAGAAGAAGGUUGUAACAGGAUGGUGGCCUUGCCAGGUUCACAGUGGCGACAAGUGGCGCUUGUCGGGCAAAGUGAAGAUGACUCUGGAGAUCCUGACAGACAAGGAGGCCCUCAUCAGGCCGGCCGGCAGAGGCCAGUCGGAGCCCAACCAGUACCCCAAACUGCACCCUCCUCCACGUGCUGGCGGUUCUUUAAUGUGGCUGAGGUCACCUAUUAAAAACUUCUGCUUCGCUUGCUGUAAACGCUACCGAUUCAAGAUCGUAGGCCUCGUGGUCCUGUCGAUAGUGGCGUACAUGCUGUUCAAAUUCAUCUAUGCAGCUCCAAGCUAUUUGGCCAUGACCUGGAUCAAACCUGAACUUCGGAUGGGACCUCCCAUUAAAGUAGUCAAUGUCAUGAAUCCACAAAACCAAAACAAGCCUCCCAACUCUGCUGCCUAG